AUGGAUCUAAAUGGACAAGAUCCUAGAAGCCCACCCCGCCGACCACCUCCGGCCCGAAACGGCUCCCAGAACUACGGAGAUUCACGACAAGGACAGCCUAGGCCAGGACCUGAUGGCUACGCAGGCCAUGGUGACGGCGGAUACGGCGCUCGACAGCAACCUGGUCCACAUGGAGCUCAGCGAAGCAUGACGAUGCCGUACAAUGGCUCCGGAAGCCGUGGAGUGCCGCAGAGACCUGCUACGACAACGGGAAAUCGCCCACCGCCUCAAAGAACCUAUCCUCAGGAACACCAGGCGCCACCGCCGCUGCCAGGACAGUACAACAACGGAUACGACCCAUCGUAUGCCAACGCCAUUGAUGAUGUCUACGACUCUUAUUACGACGAGCCGAGAGCGAGCGUAUCAAGCCACAACUCGUCUCACAACUCGCACGCGCAUAAAAGCAGCGUCUCGAGCCUGCCAGACUUUGAUGCCAUUCCCUCUCACAGCAAGCGAGAUUCUUUCGAGCAGUCCAUGCGACAAGCGCCUGAGCAGCCGCAGCAGGCAGCUUACCAAACUCCCAAGCUGGGCCAUGCCCGCUCCAUGGUAGAGAUGCGUGAGCCGCAAUCCGCCGUCUUCGAGAUGGCCGCCGACAUUCCCGAAGUUCCAGCCAUUCCCCAGACGCAUGCCUAUCAGCCGGGAUAUAAUCAAGGGUACAAUGGGCCUGCUGGAUACGCCCAACCGCCGAUUCCACGAGGCCCGAGUGCGCCUCCAGUCAGGCCAGGCACCGCCGCACCCACCAACCCAGACGGCCUGCCUGCACAUCCAACGCCUAUACGUCCGGGCCAGAUGGAAAACUCGCUUGUGAAUCCGAGUGCCAAGCCUCCUCCUAUUCGAAACUACGGAGGUGGUCCUCAGACGGGGCCACCACCUCAGCAGCAACAGUAUCAGCAGCAACAGUAUCAGCAACAACAACAACAGCAGCAGCAACAAGCACCAAUGCAGCAACCGCAACAACAGCAAGAACCUCCAGUAACCCCUGGCGAGCUGGAACACCUAAGGAUGAUUAUUAAAGGCAACCCCAACGACCAGGCAAGUGCGCUGAAAUUGGCCAAGCGUCUCAUCGAAGCUUCCGACGUGCUUGUGCCAAAUAUCCCCGAUCCGAGAGGCAAGGCAAAAGCUCGCGAACGAUAUCUUGUGGACGCCCACAAGAUCCUCAAAAAGCUGGUCAACUCUCAGAAUGGAGACGCCAUGUUUGUCAUGGCAGAUGGUGCGGGUAGGGGUUUGUUUGGUCCCGAUGGAGAUUCCAAAGAGGCCUUUACGCUGUAUCAAUCUGCCGCGAAGCUGGGCCAUGCUGCGGCUGCCUACCGUACGGCUGUAUGCUGUGAGAUUGGCCACGAGGAAGGUGGCGGCACUCGCAAGGAUCCCAUGAAGGCGAUUCAGUGGUAUAAACGCGCGGCGACUCUAGGCGACCCGCCAGCCAUGUACAAGGUCGGCAUGAUCCUUCUCAAAGGUUUGCUGGGCCAACCCAAGAACCCCAGGGAGGCUGUGGGCUGGCUGAAGCGAGCGGCAGAGAGGGCGGACGCAGAGAACCCUCAUGCUCUUCACGAACUCGGAUUGCUCUACGAAUCAGCAUCGGGUAACGAUGUCAUCAUCCGGGAUGAGCAAUACGCCCUGAGCCUGUUCCAGCAAGCGGCAGAGAUUGGAUACAAGUUCUCUCAGUUCAGACUGGGCUGCGCGUACGAAUAUGGUUUGCUGGGAUGUCCCAUCGACCCGCGACUCUCCAUCGUCUGGUACUCGAAAGCUGCACAACAGGAAGAGCACCAGUCGGAACUUGCUCUUAGUGGCUGGUAUCUGACGGGAAGCGAAGGCGUCCUAGGCCAGAGUGACACGGAGGCGUAUCUGUGGGCGAGGAAGGCUGCUGUGGCUGGUCUGGCCAAGGCAGAGUACGCGAUGGGUUAUUUCACAGAGGUGGGCAUUGGUGUUCCAGCAAACAUGGAGGAUGCUAAGCGAUGGUAUUGGAGAGCAGCCGCACAAGAUUUCCCCAAGGCCAGAGAACGAUUGGAAGACUUGAAACGAUCCGGCAAAGAAAAAGCUCGUCCGAGAGAGCGAAUCUCUCGAAGCCAAAAGCAACAGGAGGGAGAUUGUGUAGUGAUGUAA